CGGGGUCAGCCCUGGGGGUAUAUGUGUCUUACUUCUUUUGUGGUCACUUUCCGACUUUGUGGCCCCUUCAAGCAGAGCUGUGGCAGGAAACCGUGGGUGGAAAGAAUGGUCCUGUGUCCAGCCUAAGCCCAUCUUCUCCCGGCACCUCUUCUUCCCGUACUUAGCACAGAUUUUUCUUCCGCCGCCUGUGUCCCUUCAUGGUCUGUAGCUCCCACCGCUCCUGGCGACUGUCACUCUCCCACCUCCAGCCAGACUUCGCCCCUGUGUGAGGGGCACAACGCUCCCAGUGGACACGUGUGCCCUCCACAGUGACCACUGCGAGCGGAGGAUGUGGCUCACCUGGCAGGUUCAGGGGAGCUGGCCUUAGUGACAGUGCCCCGCUCCCCUCUUCUGCCUUUGACAGCUGGCUUUGCUAACUAGGCCUGCGGAAAGGAGGCCAUGAGAGUGCUUGGCCGAGGCCACUGUUCCUGGCAGGGUCGGUGCCACCGUAGAGAGCAGGGCCGCACCAGCCCGCCCUCUGCUCUCUCUGAUGCACCACCCAGGGUGGACUUCGUUCCCCGUAUCUCGCCAGCUGUGCCCUUCCUCGGCCCCGCUCCGCAUCCACUGGGACCGCUCCCUUCUUUUCCCCGAUUCUUUUGCUCCUGUCCACAGCUGUUGUAACAGAGGAUGCUAAUGGCCCCGGCUCCCUGGGGCCAGCACCCCACGGUGUGGUAGUGGUGGGGUUGGCCUGGGCUGGAGGAUGGGGGAACUUGAGUGUUCAACCAGGACAGGAAGGGAAAUGCUGAGCUCAGGGGUCCCCUCCCUUUUCCACCCCCAGCUGCCUCUGUUUCCUCCCUCGGCUUCCUGCUCCCUUCGGCCACCAUGUCCUGUUUGGAUUGAUCAGACCCCUUAUCCCCCUCCUUUCCUUCUCACUCCUCCAUCCUUCCCUCCCACCCCCACUUCACUCCUCCCCGGAUUACUAGUUGUUUGUAUGGGGGCCGGCGGUGGGGACUCAGCCCCUCUGAGCCUGUGAGUCAGCACUGUCCUCGGGAUUGGUCUCUCCCCUGGGCUCCCCGCCCCUGGGAGGAGCCAGGCAGCUCUGGGUCCAGCCUGUUCUUCUCUCAGCCGGAGAAGAGGCUCUGCGCUGGGCGGGGAUGGGGCUUGGAAGUACCUGGGUCUGAGCUGGGGAAGCCGGAGGAGCUGGAGCUGCUGGUCCCUCUCCCUCCCCAGGAUCCUUGAGAUCCCUAGGCCAUAGCGGCCGAUCAGGCCAAGUGCCUGGGGAUGCCCCUGCCUGGCCCCCUUGCCCUGACCGGCAGGGGGGCCGGGCCGGGCAGCAGCCUCCCUCUCGCUCCAGCCAUGGAUCUCCUGCCCCCCAAGCCCAAGUACAACCCACUUCGGAAUGAGUCUCUGUCAUCGCUGGAGGAGGGGGCUUCUGGGUCCACCCCGCCAGAGGAGCUGCCUUCCCCAUCAGCCUCGUCCCUGGGGCCCAUCCUGCCACCGCUGCCUGGGGACGAUAGUCCCACUACCCUGUGCUCCUUCUUCCCCCGGAUGAGCAACCUGAAGCUGGCCAACCCGGCUGGGGGGCGCCUGGGGCCGAAGGCGGAGCCAGGCAGGGCGGCUGAGGAUGGGGAGGGGACCACAGGGGCAGCUGUGCCAGACUCAGGCCCCCUGCCCCUCCUCCAGGACAUGAACAAGCUGAGUGGAGGCGGCGGGCGCAGGACUCGGGUGGAAGGGGGCCAGCUGGGGGGCGAGGAGUGGACCCGCCACGGGAGCUUUGUCAAUAAGCCCACGCGGGGCUGGCUGCAUCCCAACGACAAAGUCAUGGGACCUGGGGUUUCCUACUUGGUCCGGUACAUGGGCUGCGUGGAGGUCCUGCAGUCAAUGCGUGCUCUGGACUUCAACACCCGGACUCAGGUCACCAGGGAGGCCAUCAGUCUGGUGUGCGAGGCUGUGCCAGGUGCUAAGGGAGCAACAAGAAGGAGAAAGCCCUGUAGCCGCCCGCUCAGCUCCAUUCUGGGGAGGAGUAACCUGAAAUUCGCCGGAAUGAAAUUCGCCGGACUGCCGAUCACUCUGACCGUUUCCACCAGCAGCCUCAACCUCAUGGCCGCAGACUGCAAACAGAUCAUCGCCAACCACCACAUGCAGUCUAUCUCGUUUGCGUCCGGCGGGGACCCGGACACAGCCGAGUAUGUCGCCUACGUUGCCAAAGACCCGGUGAAUCAGAGAGCCUGCCACAUCCUGGAGUGUCCGGAAGGGCUCGCUCAGGACGUCAUCAGCACCAUUGGCCAGGCCUUCGAGCUGCGCUUCAAACAAUACCUCAGGAACCCGCCCAAGCUGGUCACCCCCCACGACAGGAUGGCUGGCUUCGAUGGCUCGGCUUGGGAUGAGGAGGAGGAAGAGCCACCUGACCAUCAGUACUAUAAUGACUUCCCGGGGAAGGAACCCCCUCUUGGGGGCGUGGUGGACAUGAGGCUUCGGGAGGGAGCCGCCCCGGCGGCCACCCGCCCCACCCCGCCCAGUGCCCAGCCGCCCACCCAGCUGGGAGCUACGCUGCCUGUGGGGCAGCCUGUUGGGGGAGACCCAGAAGUCCGCAAGCAGAUGCCACCUCCGCCACCCUGCCCAGGCAGAGAGCUCUUCGAUGACCCCUCCUAUGUCAACGUCCAGCACCUGGACAAGGCCCGGCACGCGGGGGCGGGCGCCGGGCCCCCCGGCCUGGCGGUCAAUGGCGGCGCGCCGCGAGACCUUUUUGACAUGAAGCCUUUUGAAGAUGCCCUUCGGGCGCCUCCCCCGCCGCACUCGUUGGCCAUGGCCGAGCAGCUCCGGGGGGAGCCCUGGUUCCACGGGAAGCUGAGCCGGCGGGAGGCCGAGGCGCUGCUGCAGCUGGAUGGGGACUUCCUGGUGCGGGAGAGCACAACCACGCCCGGCCAGUACGUGCUCACCGGCCUGCAGAGCGGGCAGCCCAAACACCUGCUGCUGGUGGACCCCGAGGGCGUGGUUCGGACCAAGGAUCACCGCUUUGAGAGUGUCAGCCACCUCAUCAGCCACCACAUGGACAAUCACUUGCCCAUCAUCUCUGCGGGCAGCGAACUGUGUCUACAGCAGCCUGUGACCCGGAGGCCGUGACCAUGACUGUCCCAGGUGCUCUCCCGGAGAGCCUUUCGGCCCCUCCCACUGCUCCCUGACUGGCAGGGCCUCGCCGGGAGUGUUCCGCAGGCUCAGCCUCUGCGUCGCAGCUGGGGGUGGUGUGGACACUGGGUUCCGCACCCGGCUGAGGGGCAGGCCUCGAGUCAGGAGCCUGGGGCAGAACCUCCUUCUCCCUAACCUCACCAAAGUAUUAACGUAGAAGUGGUCCCCUGCCCAGGGCCUUUCCUGUGCCAACCUGUUACCCCCUUCCCCAGGCAGGUAGAUGCUCGAGGCCCGGGCAGUAUGCCUCAUCGUGGGAAAUGUCCUGUGGUGACGGUCACCCUAACAGGGAAUGGGGAACACAUCACACCUUCGGUCUACCCCUGGGCUCAGGGUACCCCAGACCCCUCUCAACAACCCUCCCUCCCAAUGUUCAAACUUUGUGCCUUUGACCAUCUCCUGGGUCUGAAGAUAUUUUAUGCAAAGAAUUCUCAGGCCCCUGAGGUCAAGGAUAGGAGUGCCGAGACCUACUUGGCUUCUGGGACCCCCUCCGGUUUAGGCUGGGAGAAGAGAGGCAGGAGUGGCAGCCGUCCCCUCUCCCUGGGCCUGUGUCACCCACAGAGAUUGCCUUAGAGCCCCCCUCCCGGCCAGGGGGGAGAAAGACCCCUUCUUUGCUCAGUGCCUCCUGGUUCUGGCCCCUGAGCCCAGCGGUCUGUAUAUACAUUUCGGUCGCUCCCGCCCUCCCGUGUAGCGUGCAUGUUAUGUUCUACGCCAAAGUGCAGCCCUUCCUCCUGUCCCCACCCUACUUCCCCUUGGGGAAGCCGGAGGGUGACCGAACCUGGGCUCCUGAACUGUUAGCUCUCCCAGGUGCAUUCUGUGGAGGCCCAGCGGGCAUUGAGACUCUGAAGCAGUAGACAAUCCCCAAUGCCAUCCGUAGAUUUGGAGCUGCAUUUAUUUUUUAUUUUAUAUGCAUAUAUUUUAGGGCUGUAGAUUACUUUCCUAAUUUGUUUUCCAUGGCUUAUUCUUGAGCACAAAGCGAUGGUAAUCGAUUACACUCACAGUCACCUCUUUGACUUUUCAAAGCCUUUUACAACUCUUUGGCGUUGUCCUCACCCCGGCCUGAGGCGGCGGGGGGCUGGCAUUGUCUAAGAGAGACCCUAGGCGGAGAGAGUCAGUCAGUCCUGAGCUAGGACGAGAAACACUCCGGCCUCUUACCGCGAGGCUGGGAGGCCAAGCGCGGCUGCGGAAACUUACAAGCUGCGGCCACUGAGCACCUCCCACCGCCGCCCGCUGCCCGCCGCCCGCCCCCCGCCCCCAGGCCUGGCAGAUAAGGGAGAGUUGACCGUCUGAACCCUCGCCGCCUCCUUUUUGCUGUUUGGAUGUUUUCACGGGUCUCACUUAUACCAAAGGGAAAGAAUCUUCAUUAAAGUUCGUAUUUCUUCUA